AUGAAACUCUUACCUUUCAUUCUUCUCCUAUCUGUGGCAGCCAUACCUAUCGCUUUAGCAGAUGACGAUCCCACUGAUCCUGCCACUGAUACCACAACGCCUGCUGCACCUAACACAGCAACUUCACCCGCUUCCGUAGCUUCCAGUGUCACCACAACGCCUGCUGCACCUAUCUCAGCAACUUCACCUGCUUCCGUGGAUCCCAGUGCUACCACUAAGGUUGCUGCAUCCAGCUCAGCAACUUCACCAGCUUCCGUAGAUCCCAGUGCUACCACUAAGGCUGCUAGUGCUACUUCCCAGCCAACGACUAUAAAUAUCCUAUCAACGACAGCAGGCGUUCCAACAACUACAACGUUACCACAGGUGAAUGUAUCAUAUGCAGACUUCCAACGCACUUGUGUAAAAAAUGGUGUUUGUACUUUUGAAUAUACAGUUCCUAACAACAGUCCACAAUAUUUGGCAACGCAACAGGCCAUCCUGGAUGCUGACAAGAGUUUGUUCAGUACCUACAGCAGCUUAGCGGCUUACGAAGAAGCACCAUUCCUUGCUGCUCUCCAAGCCCCAUUGGAUCAGCUGAAUGAUCUGAGCACCAGAUUACAAGCUGCUCAAGACACAUUGAAUCAACUAUCCAAUUUGCUGGAUCAGACAGAGGCUAAUCAGGAUAUGAUUAGAGGCAAUCUUACAGUAGCCCAAAUUCGUUUGAAUCAAUUGAAAGCUGAUAGAUCUAGCUGCUACUAUCAAGCCUGCUUCGUAGCUACACCACCACCAACACCAACCAGAGCUCCAACUACAACACCUGUGCCUACCAUAUCUCCAUGUAUGGACGAUGAACCUCAACAAGCCUGCCCAGAUCAGUGCGCUGUCGACAAUCUUGGACAACCAUACUGCACUAAAUGUAAUCAAGGAGGAAACCUUGACGGACAUAAGUUCUGUGAAACAAGUGUUACUGGUAGCCGAAUCUCUUGUGGAUUGGGAUUAUUCGUGUCGCCAGAUUACUAUCCAGGCAAUAGCACACGGCUCGACGGCAGUUCAUACAGUGCUAACUCCGUUUACAGUUGGGUUGUUAAUCAAAAAUAUGCUCAAGUGACCACAGAUGCAGUUAAGCUUGCAAUCACCGCACCAACGACUCUUACCAUCACAGCUAUUGGAGACAAUCAGCAACAGACGAUAACUACUACACGUGUCUUGAAAGCUAUUUUCAAUUUAUACACAGGUCCAUAUCUUAUUGAGUUGAGAACUGGAAGCAGCGUUGACACGACAAGUGCUUUUGCUUUUACACUCGCUGCUCGCGAACAGUCUUAG